ACUGAACUUGUUUUAAUGCAUGAAACUCCAAGAGUAGAGAAUCAUACUUGAAAAUGGCGAAACUUAUCCUACUUUUUACCUUUUUCGUAAACCUGAUUUUAAAUUUUGCCUGGCUUACGGCCGGGUUCGAAAAUCGGCUGCCGUGUUCCCUCCGAUGGGUGGAAGCUUCAACCGGCGACUUCCCUCCCAGCACGGCAAUUGCGUCGCAUUCCGGCAAAAUUUACGUGGCACGGGCGUACCUUCACGAUUACGAAAAACGAACCAUCCUGGGCUGGUACAACAGGGAGGAAAACGUGGCCGAAUUUUUCUACCGAGAUUCCGAUUCUUCCUGCAAACCCAUCAUCGUUCGAGACAUUACGACCUUUGAGGUGUUGGAUAACCCGAAUUCUUGCGAAGUGAAAUGGUCCCCGUCCGCGUCCGGGUUGGAUGUUCGAGUGGACCCCGACGUGCCCACGUUUGUGGCCCGAGCACCCGCCAAAUCGGACUUGUGGUACCCGGGAGAACUCAAGAAUAACGAUUCGAUUGAAAUUGUCGUGGAUAAUGAGGUUACAACGUUCAGAAAUUAUCAGAUACUCAGCAGCUCGACGGGAGGUCUGCACCUCGACAUGGAUGAAUUCGUCUUUGACCCUCCGGAUAACUCUGCCCCAGUCGUAAAUUCCGUGUCCGUAGAACAUUUCAGAAAUGAUGCGAAUGCCCAUGUCACCCAAAGGGUGUCGCAUUCUCGAAAAGUUACGGAAACUUUUCAAUUUCCGAUCAGUAGUGACUUCAAGGUCAGCAAGUAUACAGCCUCGGCUUCAAAAAGUGUCGGGUUUCCGAGCUUUUUGGGAUCAAAAACAACCGUCAAAAUCGAACAAUCAUUCACGGAAGGGAUCGAGGUGGAAAAAAUUGAAAUUACAGAAACCACACUUACGAUUAAUAAGACGAUCGUCAUCCCGCCCAACUCCUGGAUUACGGUCUGUUCCACGAUAAACGUUCAGGAGCAGGUGGAAGUCAACUAUGUGGCGAGAGGCGUCUAUUCCGCCAAGGGAGUCACGCCAAGGGCUCUCUUCGUAAUAUUGCAGGAAGAAGGGCUCGACAUCAGUUUAACGGAUCAAAACAUUGUCCUAACCCCGGUUCGAGGAAAGUUUAAGGGAUCCGUCGCAUUUUCAACGGAUUUCCGAGCUACGGACGGAUUUAGGGCGGGAUGCUAGUAAAACAGAAACGUGAAUGCGAUGCAAAUUAAGAUAUCGUUAUUUGGCAAUUUAUGAUGAAUAAAAUGUAAUUCUUAAAAUGAAGAAAUUUUCAAAAUAAACGUUUGAAAUUUGA